AUGGAGGCAUUGCGCGAGGCUGGUGUAAUUGACCUUUACGAUAAAAAAAGAGAUUCGUGCUUGAUGCAUCCAGAGGCAUUGCACAAUGUGGAAACUUGCCCAAUAACUGAGGAGUUGCUGCAGGGACUGAUAAGUAGGGGUCAAAUUGAAAUCUGCAGUGCAAAGAAGGAGGAAGGAAAGGUAUGCUUGCAAUUGGGUAAGAGAAACAUGAGUAAGCCUAAACCUUUGGUGAUCCAUUUCACCAGGGGCAUUACCACUCAUAUACCUCGAGGUAUCCAGGCCCAUAUAGCAAAGACACUAGGACCCUUCCCUUGUAAGAGUGAUAAGGCAGUACCAUGGAAAUACGGCGUACAGGGGCCCAACGGAAGGCAGGACGCGUCCGACAUACGUGUCGGGAAUGGCAUGCCUGUUGCUAAGAUCAAAAAUAUUUCCGGUACGAGUGGCAUGACUCGUAGUGGAUGCAUUUUUUCUCCUCCCGAACUACUGGCAAGGUCGAAAGACAAGGGAAAGGAAAAGGCGGAUAUAGGUGAGAGGGAGAAGACGGGCCCGACCGUCAAUGAUGAGGCCCUUAUUGGAAAAAUUGCAAAGGAAGGGGACGACUUUAGCAAAAGAGAGAUAUCAACUGAGGAGGUGACUGGAUUUUUGAGAAUCAUUCAACAGAGUGAAUUCAAAGUAAUUGAGCAAUUGAACAAAACUCCUGCCAAGAUCUCUCUAUUAGUGUUGUUGAUGAACUCUGAGCCUCAUCGGGUGCUGUUGGUCAAAAUUUUGAAUGAGACCCAUGUAGCGCAAGAAAUAUCAGUGGAGGGCUUUGGGGGAAUAGUCAACAACAUCACUGCAAACAAUUACCUGACUUUUGCCGACGAGGAUAUGCCAGUUGAGGGUAGGGGACACAACAACGCUUUGCAUGUGUCCGUCAAAUGCAUGGACCACAUAGUGGCCAAAGUACUCAUUGACAAUGGCUAUUCCCUCAAUGUGAUGCCCAAAACUACAUUGGAUAAGCUGCCAUUUGACACGUUGCAUAUGAGGCCAAGCUCUAUGGUGGUAAGGGCUUUUGAUGGUAGCCGGCAUGACAUGAAAGGAGAGAUUGAUCUCCCGAUUCAAAUUGGGCCACACACGUGCCAGAUAACUUUCCAAGUGAUGGACAUAAACCCCGCCUACAGUUGCUUGUUAGGUCAGCCUUGGGUCCAUUCUGUUGGGGUGGUCCCGUUGACGUUGCACCAGAAAUUAAAGUUUGUGGUGGAGGGUCAGCUGGUUAUCGUAUCGGGAGAAGAAGAUUCACUAGUGAGUUGUCCAUCUUCUACACCCUAUGUGGAAGCUGCAGAAGAGUCAUUGGAAAAAUCUUUUCAAGCACUAGAAAUGUGA